AUGGCUUCAACUACUGAUGAUGAUGAUGAAACUAUUACAGUAGAAUUUGGAUGUGAUUACGCUAAAAGUAGUAAUGCAAAAUGUCAUGGUAAAUAUUGUGAUAAAGAAAUAACGAAAGGAUCACUUCGUCUAUCUCGUUUAAUACCAAAUCCAUUUAUUCCUCAAUCAUCAACACGUGAAGAACAAUUAAUGCCUGUUUAUUAUCAUGUUGAAUGUUUUAUAAAUUAUUCACGUUCGGGAAAUGAAAAUAAAAAACGUGUACAAAAUGUUGAAAAAGAUUUUCAAGGUUUUAAUGAAUUAAAAAAGAAAGAUAAAGAUAAAUUAAAAAAACUUUUUAAUUAUGAAGAAAAAAUUCAAGAAAAAUUAUCUGAAACAUCAUCAACAGCUAAUACAAAUUAUUUAGAACAUGAUCAAGAUAAAAAAUAUUGGCAAAUUUCUAUUGAUAAUAAAACAACAAAAACAAAAUAUGGUUUAUUAGGUGAACCAGAUUCUAAUGCAAUUAUUUUAUAUAAAGAUUUUUCAACUCAAUCAGAAGCAGAUAAAUAUUUUGAGAAAAAAACAGAAGAAAAACUUAAACAUGGAUAUACUAUGAAAAAACAAACAGCUACUCGAAAGAAUGAUCAAACAUCAUUAUCAACAACACGAAAAAGAAAACAAUCGUCAACACCUCCAAAAUCAACACCAACAAAACGACAAAAAACAACAUCAACAAAACAACAAAAAACAACAUCAACAAAAAAAUCGACUAGUACAAGAAAACAACCGAUAAGAUCAACUAGAAAAAAAACAAAAUAA